AUGCAGGGAAAUUACCAGACACUGGGAAGCUCCGGGAGGGAAAAAUUGGGUGGAGGAGAGGGUGCAUCGACGCCGGCGAGAAAGGGCGGUGGUGGAGGUGGCUACAGGUAUAGAGAGUGCCUGAAGAACCACGCCGUGGGAAUCGGUGGACACGCCGUGGACGGUUGCGGAGAGUUCAUGCCUGCCGGAGAAGAAGGAACAUUAGACGCUUUGAAAUGCGCUGCUUGCAAUUGCCACCGUAACUUCCACCGCAAAGAGACGGAAGGCGAGGGUUUUCAUCAACCCCACCACCACCACCAACCUCCACCACACCACCAGCCAUUUUCAACUUACUAUCACCGCACCGCCCAUCCAUCUGGUUACCUCCACGUGACCCCACCAUCACAACACAGGCCUUUGGCACUGCCUUCCACCUCUAGAGAAGACGAAGAUGUGUCUAAUCCUAGUAGUAGCGGUGGCGGUGGCGGUGGUGGAAGUGGUGUCGGUGGUUCGAAGAAGCGGUUCAGGACCAAGUUUACGCAGGAGCAGAAGGACAAGAUGCUGGCUUUGGCGGAGAGUUUGGGGUGGCGCAUCCAGAAACAAGACGAAGCUGCGGUGGAGCAGUUUUGCACAGAGACUAAUGUAAGGCGACAAGUCCUCAAGGUUUGGAUGCACAAUAACAAGCACACACUCGGUAAUCUAACAGGCUGA